UUGAUUUUGGCUUGAUAAUUGACUUUCCAAGCACAACAACAAUGAACGCCAUUGGAUCGACAAAGCAAAAAGUGUUGGCGGAGAGUGUACCCCGAAAGACAGUACUCCAGCUAACAACAGAAGGGAAGCCAGGCGAUAAAGCAACCAUUUGCGUCGAAGUGAGAACAAUUACCACUACAGACGACGAUCACACAAUUACGGAGGAAACAGUGCACUCACGCUCACGUGUGUACUUACUUAUUUAC